AUGAUCGUUAAGGUGAAGCCCCCCCAUACUAAUAAAGAAUCCUUACCUCAGAAGUUAGUUAGACUAUCAAAAGAUGAACUCCUCCAAAGAGAUGUAUUGGGUAGAACAAUCUUGCAUGUUAUAGUGCUAUGUAACCGUUACGACUUGUUGCGUCAUUUACUUAAGAAUCCUUUUAUAAAGCACAUUUUCCUUUUCAUUGACUACGAAAGUGGAUGGAACGUUCUUCAUUAUGUGGUAUUCUACAGACGCAUGCAAUGUCUCAAGUGUCUCCAGGAUUACUUUAGGAGUGACGCCUCUGGGAUGACGUUUGGUGACUUGCUUCGAUGCAAGGACAGAAACAGACUCACACCUAUGCAACUCAUACAUAACAAUUAUAAGGAUUUGAUGUUAGUUCCCACGUGUAUCAACGAGACCAAUGAGUUUGAGUUGGAAAAACGUAUACGACGCCAUCGACUAGUGAAUGAAUACGACGAUCCCACCAACUCGUGGUGGUGUGACGCUAGAGGUGGCAGUGAAGUGUAUGUGUUUGGGGCCAAUAAUAAUAACAACUUGGGAGUUGGUGAUACGUCAGAUCGUAUAGCCCCCACAAGACUAUCACAUAAGUUUUUCAAGGCAAAUAUGACCAGUCAUAUCCACAAUUUCAACGGCUUACCGAUGCCGCGGUACAAAGAGUUUCGGGUGUCCAAGUACCAUUCGGUGCUUAUUACUAGGAAUCGGAACGUCUACACUUGUGGUAUUGGGUCGUACGGUAGAUUGGGCCAUUCUCGGGGUAAUUUGGCCAAUCAAUAUAACUUCAAACUAGUUGAAGACUUGAAGGCAGAGACAGUGGCCGUAUCAAAUAACCACACGGUAGUCCUUGGAGUUGAUGGUGGUGUUUAUGGUUGGGGUGCAAAUAACUAUUACCAAUUGGGAGUUAUUGGUCCCGGGAAUGAAAGCAGGGGGGGGUCACUAGUUGAUUUCCCCAAUGCUUUUGAAGCUACUCCAAUCCAUAUAAAUACUGGAGAAUUAAAAAAUGGUGGUGUUCUGCGUCGUAAUCCGAUUAAAGGAGUGUCUGUCUCCAAGAUCCAUUCCUUGGUGUACACUGAUUAUGAAGUGUAUUCUUGGGGUCUUUCCAUCGGGCAAAUGGGAUUCUCUACCGACUCUUCACGUACCAUUGACUUCAGAUACAAAGACGAAACGUAUAAGGGACAAUUCCAAAGUAAACCCAAAGCCAUAUCAUUCAGAGAUGAGAUUAAACUUGUGGAAACUUGUGAAACAUGUACUUGUGUGAUCACUGUGUUAAAUGAUAUCCAUGUUCUUUACAAUUAUCAACAUAUAAAGCUUCCUAAGAUCCCUGUGAAGGCAUCAGAUAAGCAAUUUGAUUUUUUCAAACCAGCUGUGUUAACAAGAGCAAGACAGAUAGUUAAAGUAUGUUUCCGAGACCUUGGAUAUAUUGCACUAUUAAUGGACAGUGGAGAUGUUUUAGGGUUUGAUUUGACAAAAGAUAUCAAGAGUAUCAAAUACUCUUCAAUUUGGAAACCAUACAACGAAGAUAUGAACGUAGUUGACUUGGAUAUUUCUCAUGAUGGUUCCAUUAUUUUGUGUACCAGAGAUGGAUCCGUGUUUCGAAAGAACAAUGGCUCGAAACUGAGACAGAAUUCAAUUUCUGGAACAACUAUGACUCCAACUUUCAUUAAUACUGUGACAAAUACUAAAUUUAAAAGAUUAGAUGGCAUAAAUAAAGUGGUUAAAGUGUCAUGCGAUGCCAAUUUUACUUCCUUUGGGUUCAUUCGUGAUUCAAUGGAUGCUUUACCAUUGAAAGUUCAUUUGAAUGAUUUCCUUAUUGAUUUUUCCCAUUUAAGUUGCACCAUGAUGGCACCAGAGGAUAGGAAGCAAGAUCAAUUGUUUAAGUCUGACCAUGAUGGUGGAGCCAAUUUCUAUAUCCGAGAUUUUGCGUAUCCUCAUGAUAAUUUUGACGAUGAUAAUGAUGAAAUGAUGGUUGAUAAUAAGUCCAAGUCACUGGACGACAUUUUACUUUCGUCUUUUAAAUCAAAAUAUGACUACAGCAAGAAUAAGCCACCGACUUCAUUAGAAACGUACAAGCGAUGGAGUUUAGCAUCACCAUAUGUUAUACCCGUAGAUUUGACUUAUUGGGAGGAAGUAUUUAAUAAGGCGUCCACUACCUCUUAUAGUGGCUAUGAUUGUUUCUUUGAGUUUCAAGAUUACCCUACUAUCAGAAUAGGUGCCCAUAAGUCUGUUCUUAAAGUAAGAUCUGUGUUGUGCAAGAAGUUGUUUCUGGACCAAGAGGGUUCUCUAUUUGAUAAUGGACAUGUACGACUUUUUUAUGACUCCAGUGAUAGCACCUUGAGAUUUGAAAGUGGCAUAAACUUGAAGGUGUUUUUGAUGUUAAUUCAUUAUAUUUAUACGAACGAAGUCGUUGUGUUGGCAGACGACAGUUAUGAUCAUCUGGACAUUUCCCCUAGCGAAAAUUCACCAGAAUACAAAGCGCUCAAAAGUGAUUUUGAUAACAUGGUUUAUACGUUUCAGAUUGGAGUCAAUACUUCACAUUCUUCUACUCAGUUGUUUGUAGAGAAAUUUGGGCCAGCACUUCUUAAUGUGGAAGAUGGAGAUAAAGACUUGAUAGUUAAGUUAAGUGACGGUCAAAUAAAGUGUCAUACAUACAUAUUGAUAUGCAGAUCAGCAUAUUUUGAGACUCUUUUCUCUCAGAGAUGGCAUGAAGAGAACCAUAAUAAUAAUAAUAAUAAUAAGACAAAUGAACUUGGAUUAGAGUUGGAAAAUAUCACAUGUCUUCAAUUUGAAACUAUUUUACGAUAUUUGUAUGGGGUUUGUGAUGCAGAAGUCUUCAAUACCGUUCAAUCAACGGUUGGUAAUUCCUUUGAGUUUGCUAACUUCCUACUUGAGCUCAUGGAGAUAGCUGAUCAAUUCUUGUUGUUGCCAUUGAAAACCUUAUGUGAACUUGCACUCAAAGAUAUGAUUACCUUGGACGAUGUGUUAGUGCUAACGAUCCAUUCAGACAACUUAAAAGCUAAAAAGCUCUUUUUAAAUUGUGCAUGGAUUUUAUUUGACAACUUGGAGCUUUUGAUAUUUGAAUUAUCUGAGCUUUCAUACACACUUUUACAAAAGAUUGAAGAACAAUUUGAAGUUUUGAGCAAAUGCCGACAAUCAUCAUCUUUCGACGACCUGAUCAAAAGCAAACAACACUGGUUUGAAGACCAGGGUAUGGUUGCUUUAUUUGUGAAUGAUGUUAAGGGGUUCAAUGAAAUAUUCAUGAGUGAUAAAAAAGGGUAUCUGUCCUUUAAACCAUUAAUUGAUAUUAAAUAUGAUUCCAAAACAAAUCCUCCUAUUGAUGUGCAGAAUAAAAAAAGGAGGUCCAGAAAGAGUUCUACCAGAAACUCUGUGAAUGCUUUGAAUGACCUAAGAAACAGUUUGGCCAAUGACCUUGUGCUUGAAAGAAACCAUUCUGAAAAUGCCAUUGAUGAUAAUGAUUUUGAAACAGUGGUUUAUGGUCGUCGUAAGUCAUCAAGUCUCAAACCUAUAAAACAGACUUCUCCUCCUGCUGCAGCUAUUAAGCUGAACUUGGUUUCAAAUAUUAUUGUUUCAUCAGUAGGUUUGAAACUGACUACGUCAACCGGGUCGGUGAAUCUGACAAACUCUUCAACGCCGACACAAUCCAGCCAUGACAGAUUCCCCUCCUUAGGUAUGGCUUGGAAGAAUGGGUCGACCCUGAGUAUUGGGUCAUCGUCGGGUUCUCCCAAGGCUACAGAAGUAGUAGCUAAAGGAACCACAGUGGUUGAGGAACAGCGGAUCUCUGAAACAAAGACUGCCAUCAAUAAGAAGGUGCUUCUGAAGCCAAUCAUGCGGAUCUCUCAAAAGCAACGUAAGAAAUUGGCUCAAGAAGCCAACGACGAAACCAUGGCGAGUGGUUUCAAUCAGGUGCCAAAAGCUGCUGCUUCAACUCCUAUGGCACCAUGGACUGCGCCAAAUGGCGGUAGUGGUGAUUACCGCGAGAAAUCUGUGGAGUCGUCGUCGACCCAGAGGAAACUUUCUCUGACAUUGGCUUCGUUGCCAAUGUUGGGGACGACAUCCAAGACGACUCCGACUCCGACUCCGACCCCCUCCUUGACGGAAAUAAUGUUGGAGGAAUCAUUGCGGACUGAACAGCAGCCAGUUAUUCAAAAGACCUUCUUGGAGAUCCAACAAGAAGAAGAGUUCAACCGAUGGUGGCAAGAAGAAGCUGCUAGGGUUCAAAGGGAGAUGGGACUGAAUUCCGAGCCCAAGUCAACCAAGAAGAAGAAUAAGAAAGGAUCCAAUAAGAAUCACCAAGAGGGUGACGUUAAGAAGAGAAGCAGGAAACCAAAGAACGUUACCGCUAAAUAG